AUGGAGCCUGAGGACGAGGAGGAGCGGGAGCUGCUCCCGGGCGGCCCGGGCGGCGCGGGCAGGUCCCGCCCGCUGCCCGCGCUGUGCGACCCGAGCCGCUUGGCGCACCGGCUGGUGGUGCUGCUGCUCAUGUGCCUGCUGGGCUUCGGUAGCUAUUUCUGCUAUGACAAUCCUGCUGCCCUUCAGACCCAGGUUGAGCGAGAUAUGCAGGUGAAUACCAUGAAGUUCAUGCUGCUGUAUGCCUGGUACUCUUGGCCCAAUGUGGUUUUGUGUUUCUUUGGUGGCUUUUUGAUAGACCGAGUAUUUGGAAUACGAUGGGGCACAAUUAUUUUUAGCUGCUUUGUUUGCGUAGGACAGGUGGUUUUUGCUCUGGGUGCAAUAGUUAAUGCUUUUUGGCUGAUGGAAUUUGGAAGGUUUGUGUUUGGGAUUGGUGGGGAGUCCUUGGCGGUUGCCCAGAACACCUAUGCCGUCAGCUGGUUUAAAGGCAAAGAAUUAAACCUGGUGUUUGGACUGCAGCUCAGCAUGGCCAGAGUGGGAAGUACAGUGAACAUGAACCUCAUGGGGUGGGUGUAUUCUGAGAUUGAAGCUUCGCUGGGUUCUGCCGGUCACACAACCCUGGGGGUCACACUUAUGGUUGGGGGUAUAACCUGUGUCCUUUCACUAAUCUGUGCCUUGGCCCUUGCUUACUUGGAUCACAGAGCAGAGAGAAUCCUUCAUAAAGAACAAGGGAAAACAGGUGAAGUUAUUAAGUUGACUGAUAUAAAGGACUUCUCCUUACCUCUGUGGCUCAUAUUCAUCAUCUGUGUCUGCUACUAUGUUGUGGUGUUCCCUUUCAUUGGACUGGGAAAAGAUUUCUUUAUGGAGAAAUUUGGAUUUUCUUCCCAGGCAGCAAGUGCAGUUAAUAGUGUCGUGUACAUCAUAUCAGCACCCAUGUCCCCGAUAUUUGGGCUCUUGGUGGAUAAGACAGGGAAGAACAUCGUCUGGGUUCUGUGUGCCGUGGCCACCACCCUCGUGUCCCACAUGAUGCUGGCCUUCACCAUGUGGAACCCUUGGAUUGCUAUGUGUCUCCUGGGACUCUCCUAUUCAUUGCUCGCCUGUGCACUGUGGCCAAUGGUGGCAUUUGUGGUUCCUGAACAUCAGCUGGGAACUGCAUAUGGCUUCAUGCAGUCCAUUCAGAACCUGGGGCUGGCCAUCAUCUCCAUUAUCGCUGGCAUGAUCCUGGACACUCGGGGAUAUUUGUUUCUAGAAGUUUUCUUCAUCGCCUGUGUUUCUUUGUCACUUUUAUCUGUGGUCUUACUUUAUUUGGUGAAUCGUGCCCGAGAUGGGAACCUCAAUUAUUCUGCGAGACAAAGGGAAGAAAUGAAACUUUCUCAUACUGAAUGAGAAGCUGCAGUGACUCGUGAGGAUGGACUGCGCACACCGUUCAUUUGGAAACCACAUAUAUUUUUUUAAUUUAGAGUUUAGUUGUUAGGAAAAAUAAUGGAGAGGCAAGUUACGUGUAUGUUCCGGAUCUGCCUGUUCUGAAGUGUGUUUGUGAGCGCUGUCCUAGUCUGCCUUUUGUAUCCUGUGGCUGAAGAAUUCUGUGAAACAGGCUGAGCAACAGUGAGUGGUUCCGGAGCAACCCGGUGGACUUCAGCAGGGACCAUCAAUGAUGGAAAGCACUGGAUCUUGUAUCGAGAUGAUUGUCACUGCGUGUGUCUUAGGAAUGUGGAUUUUGCUUCAUCUCAAAAAAAGAGAAUUCCACAAAAAACAGGAAGCUCUUGCGAGGUGAACGGGCCAUUUUGUACAGAAGGAACCGUGGUGCUCUGCAGGGCGUUGCCUGGGUGGCGGGAGACACUGAGGAGCCGGCUGUGCUCUGCUGCAGUGUGCACUGGGGAGCUGGCCACCUGGGGCUUGUCUUUACAACACAAACUUUCUGUAUGUUUUUUUCUUAUAGACCAGUUAAAAACUAAAACAUUCUAUAAUUUAUGAUAUAUGGAUAAAUAAAAACACUGCAAAAAGAA